GUGCCGUGUGAUUUAGCAAUGGGCAAAAGCACAGCAACGCGCAUUCGACAGGGGACGAGGCUGGGUAAGGCCCAGCGUGAUCGGCUUCGUCAGCUGGAGCAAGCGCAGCAGGAUGCCCAGGACAUCACAUCGACAGCGCCCCAGGAGGAGCAGCUUGCCAGUCAGGGUGAGCAGAGUGGAUCCACGGGUGAGGCAGCUAGCUCGUCUGCCUCUGCGGCAGAGCCGGCUGGCCUCCCACUGACGGUGUGUGAACAUCGCGAUGCUGGCAGGCCUUUGGAUGAGGACUUGGAGGAAGCAUUGCCGUCGCCGGCAAAAAUGCGCAGGUCUCGAAACUCUGGCUGGGCAGAUGAAGCUGAGAUGGAUGCACCAGAGGGAUCGGCAUCACAACCUUCUCUGGGAACUGGUGAGCCUCCUUCAAGCUUGACUGCACCGAUCAUGACCAGUUUCACUGAGCCAGAACUUCAUGAUACUACCACCAUUGACAGUUCCUCAUCCUCACCGGAAAUGAUCCCAGCUACGGGGCCAAACCAGCACCGACCGGCACGCUCUCAGCGCUCCCGGAGCUCACGGUAUCCACCUCUUCCUGAAGAUCAGAGACCAGAGGAGAGUAGGUGCAACCGCCCAGAUGCAGGCGUCGCAACAAUCGACAUCGUCUUCUUACAGGAAACCCACUGGGCAGAGGACAGUAGGCUCCUUAUGGUCAAAGCCCAAAAACAGGGCUGCUGUCACUAUCUCAUCAACAUCUAUCAGAAAGUGCAUGAUGGUAGCAAAGAUGGAUCGCUCCUAAGAAGCACGAUUUGGGAUGCCCUCCAGAAAGCUGUCUCCACUUGCCCCAGUCGACACUCGCUUGUCAUCGCUGGGGAUUUUAACACAGGAUUGCAGGCCUGUGCGCCACACACAGGCUCAGCUGUCAUAGGCAAAGGUAAUGCGGCGGAUGCUCCUGAUGCGCAUGUGCUACAACGGAUGCUUAAGCAAUUUGACCUGAGAGCCCUCAACACCUUUCAGCCGGCACCUGGAGCUUUCACUUUUCAACACCAGGAGAAAGGGGGUAAACUACAGCUCGAGAAUCCCGAAGACUUUCAGCAAGCUGUUCAACACAGGCUGCAGCGCCUUGACAGCUGGAACACGCAGGAAAUUAAUCGUGUUCUUCAGGAGGAAAUGCAGUGUCGGCUUGUUCCCACUGAUUUGUCGGCAGCUUACGAUCAACCUGAUGCGGAGAUGCCGGUCAAGAGUCUGUGGCACUGUCACAGGGAACUCAAAGCCCUGCAGCAAGUUGAUACCGUGGAGGCUGAGACACAACGACGCAACCUCAAGAAGACGUUCACUCAGCUCCAGCGCCAGGUACGCUCAAUAAGCAAGCUCAAACGUCAUGCCUUCAUUGACGAUUGUGUUCAGCGUGCCACUCAAGCUGCGCGACAGGGGGAUAUUAGAGAAGUGCAUCUCCAAGUCAACAAGAUAGCGCCCAAGGUUGUGCGGAGAAGACCACAGCUCCGAGAUGCACAAGGUCGCAUCAUGACGACCCAACAGGAAACUCGAGCCCUGCAGCAGUUCUGGCAAGGUGUCUACGUUAGCCAGCACCCCAGAACGCCGGAUCCACUGCCAAGCUACGUCUUGCCACCCAAGCUACUGGAGGAUGCCCUUGCCUCAUUGCCCCAGCAUAAAUCUUUGCCGAAGCACUAUGCGCCAGGAGUCACUUGGAAACUUGCUGCCUCAUCUGUGGCGGCCCUGGCUCGCAGAACCAUCCUCAAUGACUGGCAACUUGAUCGCUUCUGGGUUCCGCCAGAAUGGAGGCAUGCCUGGCUUUGUUUUAUCUUGAAACCCAACAAGUCUGGGCGUAAGGCUGAGGAAUAUCGCCCAAUCGGUCUGACUGAUCCGGUAGGAAAAGCACUUCUCGGAGCCGUCUCCACGCAACAUCGCCAGGCCCUGUAUGACUCGGUUGCGCUGUAUCCCCAAUUUGCCUAUAUGGCCAAUCGGGGGGUGUCCCAGGCUCUCAUGAGGGCCUUUCAGCAUCUUCAUCAAGCCAGAGCGCUCGUCGCUGAACAACGUACCACCUUGCAGCAGAGGCAUGCUGGAGCCUCUAGGAGUAGACUUGUAGGGGCCAUUACGGUCUCAUUGGACAUGAGUAAGGCCUUUGACUCGCUGGAGCCGAAGUACAUGCAUCAAGCCCUUGAGCUCAGCUGCCUUCCGGAUGCUGUCUGUCGCCUCAUUGAGCACUGGCAUGCUGAAGUCACAUACCACUUUGAACACGAACAAUGCCAAGCUCAGAUUGCCUGCGGCAGAGGUAUACGUCAGGGCUGCAAGAUUGCCCCAAGGGUCUGGUCCCUAUUCACUAUUCUCGUCAUGCAUGAGAUAGGUCCUGAAUGGUGCAAAAAACACAGCAAUUGGUUUGCGGAUGAUGCGCUCUUUCAGGCUAUGGUUCACUCUGAGGAGGAACUUCUUCAGCACAUACGGGCGAUCUCCAAGGCUCUCUGGGUCUUGCAAAAGUUAGGUAUGAGCAUUGCCGCCUCCAAGAGUGCUGUGCUUCUUCACCUCGGCGGCACCGCUGCCAAGAAGGUAAAAGCAAAAAUCGUGCAGCUGCACAACCAGCAGCAGCAUGUGAUUUUCCAGCAUGAUGAUCAAACUUGGAGGCUCCCAGUCGUUGCUCAGCAUGAUUACCUUGGAGCCACUCUCAGUUACACUAGAAUGGAGGAUCUCACCGCUACGAGGAGGGUCAGGGCUGCGCAGGCCUCCUUCGAAAGGCUGAAAACUGUGCUCACCCACAAGGCCCUUGCACUUCGAACUCGUCUGCGUAUCUGGCAGGCCUGUGUUAUCUCCAGUCUUCUUUAUGCCAUGCCACAGGUGUCAGUAAUCAACGGCUUUGUGCACAGCAUGGGCUCACGGAUCCCAUUGAUUGAUGCCAGACUCAGCGAGGACAUCCUAGCCUGCGAGGCUCGAGUUCUUGCCCAGCUUCACAUCAUUGCACGGGAUAGGUGCGGAUGCCCCUGCACCGUGUCGAAGGGUACGAAGAUUCAUCUUCGUGGCUCGCACGCACAGGAGUGGAAGCAGGACCUGAACGGAGACAAGCUCGCACCAGUCAUGGAGGAGGUGCUAGGGCCGCUGUUCCCAGCAUUGAAAGAGGUCAUAUCGGAAGGAGGAUUCGGGGAAAACAAUCCCAACAAGCGCUCCAGACCGGAUCCCGACAUGAUACCUCCGCCCAAAGGGAAAGGUGCAGGCAAGGGGAAGGGCAAGAACAAGAGCAAAGGCCAGAGACAGCAGGAGAACACAUGGGGCGGUUAUCAGGAUACCCGCUUCCGCCCCUUCGGGCCUCAGCAGGGCUCCUGGCGGGAUGCACAGGGUCUCGAUGUGGAGGCUGCCGUCUAUGCUCUAGCCAAGCUCUGUCUGAGGCAGGAGACGGAGCUAAGCGAGAUCAGACAGGAGAAGUGCUUCCUUCUUCACAUCAGCGCGGCACCGCAUGGCAUACUCAAGCCACUCAUUCGGGCCUCCUUGAGGUGGAACGAGCUCCGAGAUCAGAUGAAGGUCGACUGCAGCCUCAAAUCCGAGCUCUUUCGUCUGAUGCUCAAAGAGACGGCGGCCCGCAUGGAGAAGUUCGAGCAGACCCCGGAGAGUCAGAAAGCAGCGGAAAAG